AUGACCAUCUGCAGGAAGCCAUCUGGGAAGACAGUGCCUGGAAAGGAGGGUGAGGAUACCACAGUCGAGCCCCUUCAACAUUCCAGAAGGAAUGGCUGGAGUUGGCCUCCUCACCCUUUACAGUUUGUGGCCUGGAUCACAUACCUUCUGUUUACAGUCAUUGGAUUUGGGGUCCUUGUUCCCCUGUUGCCCCGACACUGGGUGGCUGCUGGUUAUGUGUGUAUGGGUGUGCUGUUUGCAUUACACCUCGUCGUCCAUUUUUUGGCGGUAACUGUUGAUCCAGCUGAUGAGAAUGUACGUGCCAAGAACUCUCCCGGCCCACUGCCUGUGUUCGAUAGGACCAAGCAUGCCCAUGUCAUUGAAAACAUGCAUUGUUACAUCUGCGAGGUGGAUGUGGGUGCCAAAUCCAAACACUGCAGUUUAUGCAAUAAGUGUGUCAGUAAUUUUGACCAUCACUGCAAAUGGCUAAAUAACUGUGUGGGAGGCAAAAAUUACUGGCUGUUUUUUAACUGUCUUGUAUCUGCAUUUCUUGGCACCGUGUUGCUUAGUUCCAUUUCAUCUUUUGUGUUUCUUGAAUACUUUGUCGAUCCAUCUGUGUUGAGGAGUGACCAAAGUUUUGAAGGUGUGAACCUGUCAGAUGUAUGGUUUGUGUUCCUUCCAGCUAGCCCAGUGGAGACCCAGGCAUCUGUGAUUUUGGGCCUGGCAGCUCUUGUUUCAAUAAUGGGGCUCAUUACCAUUUUCCUGAUAGGACAACUGCUGUGCUUUCACAUCUACCUCUUGUGGAAUAAGCUUAGCACUUAUGAAUACAUAAUGCACCAGCGGCAGAAGCAGGAAAUGAAAUCCAAUAACAAGUGUCUAGAAGAGGGGAAGACGCCACCCACAGGCCGUGCACAAGAGGAGAGUUAUGGAGGAAGCCUCAUAUAUACAAAUCCUGAUGUACUGAUUGAGGGUCCUUCAUCGGGAUCACUGAACACUGACUCUCCAAUGUCCUUAAAUGCUGACAUUGCAGAUGGCAACCCUGACUCUGACCAUAAGCUAUCACCAGCUUUACAGCAGAAGCCAAAGAAGAAGAAGAAGAAGAAAAAGAAGAAAAGCAACAAAAUAUCUCCUGAAGAUGCAAACAAACAUGCUGGUCAUGAUGGGCCUGGCCUCUGUGUCCUUCCAGUUCAUGAGGAGAAUGAACUUCCAGUCUCACCAGCACCUCCAAGCUUGGCCAGUAAUUCCCCAAAUGUCCCAGCACGAUCUUUACCAGUUUUGGCUCCCAUCCAUCCGAUUCAGGCAGCAGGACCUCCUGCAGAAUAUCAUUCUGACUCUGCUGAGUCUAUGGAGGAAAUUCCUGUUGCACAAACUCAUCUUGGCAGCUCCUCUAUGAGUGAAAACCUCUUUCUUACUCCGAGGAGUCCCAGAGACUUCGCAAAUGAAUGUGAGCAUGGACUGAGGCAGAGCUGGCCUGUGACUGCACAGAAGUUUGAGCUUCUUCCAAAGGUUCCCACUGUUUUUGUCAGUGAGAGCAGCGGACCAUUACACAUUUUAUAAUGAAAGCAGCUUAUGGA